GUGAUUUUUCCAUUUCUGACCCCAGAUCUUUGGGAUUUUUGGGGCGCCUGACCCCAGCUCCCGCAGAGGGCACAUUUUAGGUUAAAUUUGGGUGUUUUUGGUGCCUCAGGCAGGAUGGAGCUGACACUGGGGGUCAGAUUUGGGGUGUUUUGGGGGCGAUUUUGCCAUUUCUGCCCCCAAAUCCCGGGGAUUUUCGGGGUGCCUGAGCCCAGCUCCCCCAGAGGAGAAAAAUUAGGGUUUCCCUGAAUUAAUUUAGGGUAAAUUUGGGGUUUUUUGGUGCCCCAGGCAGGAUGGAGGUGACACUGGGGGUCAGAUUUGGGGUGUUUUGGGGUGAUUUUGCCAUUUCUGACCCUGAACCUUUGGGAUUUUCGGGGUGCCUGACCCCAGAUCUUUGGGAUUUUUGGGGUGCCCGAGCCCAGCUCCCCCAGAGGGCACAUUUUGGGGUAAAUUUGGGUGUUUUUGGUGCCCAGGCAGGAUGGAGGUGACACUGGGGGUCAGAUUUGGGGUGUUUUGGGGCAAUUUUACCACUUCUGACCCCGAACCUUUGGUGUUUUCGGGGUGCCUGACCCCAGCUCCCGCAGAGGGCACAUUUUGGGUUGAAUUUGGGUGUUUUUGGUGCCCCAGGCAGGAUGGAGGUGACGGUGGGCACGGCGGCGCUGGCGCUGGCGCUGCUGCUGCUGCCCCUGCUCUACGAGCGCUGCGGCUCCUUCCGCUUCUUCUGCAAGAUGGGAUUCUACAACGGCUGGAUCCUGCUGCUGGCCCUGCUGGCCAUCCCGCUGUGCGCCCUGCGCGGCCGCGACGUGGAGAACAUGAAGAUCAUCCGGGGGCUGAUGCAGCACGUCAAGCGCCUCUACGGGAUCCGCAUGGAGGUCAGGGGGGCGCAGCACUUCCCCCCCCGCCAGCCCUACGUGGUGGUCAGCAACCACCAGAGCUCGCUGGACCUGCUGGGGAUGAUGGAGGUGCUGCCCGACCGCUGCGUGCCCAUCGCCAAGCGCGAGCUGCUCUACAUGGGCGCCGUGGGCGUCGUCUGCUGGCUCGGGGGCAUCAUCUUCAUCGACCGCAAGCGAACGCACGACGCCAUCAGCGUCAUGGCCGAGGCCGCCCACACCAUGCUCAGCCAGGACGUGCGGGUGUGGGUGUUCCCCGAGGGCACGCGCAACCACAGCGGCUCCAUGCUGCCCUUCAAGCGCGGCGCCUUCCACCUGGCAGUGCAGGCCCAGGUCCCCGUGGUCCCCAUCGUCAUCUCGUCCUACCAGCACUUCUACAGCAAGCGGGAGCGCCGCUUCACGGCCGGGCACUGCGUGAUCCAGGUGCUGCCGCCGCUGCCCACGCGGGGGCUGGGCCCGGCCGACGUCCCCGCGCUGACCGAGCGCGUCCGGGCCGCCAUGCUGGACGCCUUCGAGCGCCUGUCGGCCGAGCUGCGGCCCCCGGCCACGAGUGACCCCCGGAGUGACCCACGGAGUGACCCCCGGAGUGACCCACGGAGUGACCCACGGAGUGACCCACUGAGUGACCCAUGGAGUGACCCCCGGAGUGACCCCCGGAGUGACCCACGGAGUGACCCCCGGAGUGACCGAUGGAGUGACCAAUGGAGUGACCCACGGAGUGACCACCAGAGUGACCACCACAGCCCCACGGCCACAAGUGACCCCCAGAGUGACCCCCGGAGUGACCCCCAGAGUGACCAACGGAGUGACCCACGGAGUGACCCCCAGGGUGACCAAUGGAGUGACCGCCAGAGUGACCACCACAGCCCCGCGGCCACAAGUGACCUCCAGAGUGACCCCCGGAGUGACCCCCAGAGUGACCCACACAGCCCCACGGCUGCCCAGAGUGACCCCCAGCGCCCCACGGUGCCCCACGGGGGGACCCCGCAGUGACCCCCGGGCCUGUGGCCCCACGGGGGACCUGGCAGUGGGGCAGGGACUGACCCCCGAGUGGGGACAAAGUGACCCAUGGUGGGAUGUGGGGCUGACCCCCAAGGGGGGCCUGGACUGACCCCUAAGUGGGCAGGGACUGACCCCUAAGUGGGGCCCGGACUGAGCCCUAAGUGGGCAGGGACUGACCCCCAAGUGGGGCCCAGAGUGACCCCCAAGUGUGGCCACAACUGACCCCCAAGUGGGCACAGACUGACCCCCAAGUGGUGUCCGGAGUGACCCCACAGUGACCCCGCAGUGCCCCAUAGCGGGACCAGGCUGUGACCCACGGCUGGGGCGUGGCCGGGCGAGGUCGGUGCUGAUUGGCUGCUGCAGCCAAGCCCCGCCCCCUGGAUGAGGUGUAUUUAUUUUGGGGAGGGGGGUGCGGACUUUGCCAAAUUUCCCCCCCCUGGCUUUUAAUAAACCCCCCCCAAAUCCCCCCCCCAAA